AUGGGCAUUCAAGGCCUUCUACCUCUGCUCAAGAGCAUACAAAAGCCUACACACCUGCGUAACUUCGCCGGCCAGACACUGGGAGUGGAUGCAUAUGGCUGGCUGCACCGCGGGACAGUCUCUUGCGCCAUCGAGCUUGCCGAACAGAAGCCCACCAAGAAGCAUAUCGACUUCGCUCUAAGUCGAGUGCGUAUGCUGAUUCACUUUGGCGUCAAGCCUUAUCUGGUCUUCGAUGGCGAUUACUUGCCCAGCAAGGAGCACACGGAGAAGGAACGAGCGGCGAAGCGAAAGGAGAGCAAGCGAGCGGGUCUGGAGCUGCUUCGCAUGGGCCGCCCGUCGCAAGCUUAUCUGGAACUUCAGAAGGCGAUCGAUGUUACCCCAAGCAUGGCACGAGAGCUCAUCGAGGAGCUGAAGGCGCUGGACGUGCCUUAUGUGGUGGCGCCGUAUGAAGCAGAUGCGCAACUGGCUUACCUGGAGAAAAGAGGUCUUAUCAAUGGCGUCCUCAGCGAAGACUCGGACUUGCUAGUAUUCGGCGUCAAGUGUCUGCUCACGAAGCUGGACCAGUACGGCGAGUGUGUGAUGGUCAAUCGAGCAGAUUUCACAGCCUGUCGAGAUGUCAGCCUGGUGGGCUGGACUGAUAAAGAGUUUCGCAUGAUGGCGAUGCUGAGUGGCUGUGAUUACUUGCCUGGGAUUGACAAGAUGGGCCUCAAAACUGCCUAUCGAUUGGUCCGCAAGCACAAAACGCUCGACCGUGUGAUUCGGAGUGUCCAGUUCGACGGGAAAAUGAGGGUGCCGCCCAAGUAUCUGGACGCCUUCGAUCAGGCUGAGCGAACUUUCUUGUACCAGUGGGUGUUCUGUUCAGAAGCCAGGCGCCUCGUCAACCUGAAUUCUGUCCCUGCAGGUCAGCAGGUAGACUCAAUGCCGUACAUCGGUAAAGCGGUGGAUCCAGAGCUCGCCGUUGGAGUUGCAGUGGGAGAUCUGGAUCCGAACACGAAGGAGCCGCUGGCAUUCAAUCGGCGCCAGAGUGUGAUGACUGCGCGACAGCGCAUCUUGCAGACACCGGAUGAGAAGCAAGGCAAGUCAAUUACGGAGUUCUUCAAAGCGAAACGAACACCACUGGCAGAGCUGGACCCAAACUCCUUCACCCCGUCUCCAAGUCAGCAGCGACUGCUCCAGAAUCAACGAGGUGCAUCAUGGUCGGCAUCUCAACCGGCUGUUGUACGACCGCCGGCAUUAGACCGCAUCGCCGGUGUGAAUCGAAGAGUGUCGGCUCCUCAGCCCAUGACGCAGCCUUCAAAUGUACGAAGCUUCAGCCAACCAACCGUAUCGCCUAAGAGACAGCGUUUAUGUUCGGGCGGCGAGAUGACCCGUGAGGCCGCUUCAAGUCGCUUCUUCUCCAAGACGAACGUUCAGCCUUCUCCUUCUCUCCGCAAAGCAUCCACCAAGAAGGAUGAGUUCGAGCUCUGGUCCGAUGAUUCUGCUAUCGAAGCCCUUGCGAACUCGGGUGUUGGAUCUGCGCCCACUGCGAAAGACUCACCUUCGCCGAAGAAGAGAAAAAAGCUUCAGGUGUAUGAAGACGGGUCAUCUGUAACUCAGACCACGGCAUCGCAGCAUACCAAUCUUUCGCAGAGCACUGUGACAACCACGCUCGAUUCCGAGUCACAACAAUCUAUGCUGGAGACUCCAGCCACAUCCUUCGAAACGAACAGUUCGCAUGCCGAGUCGAAUGUUUUCACGAAAGGUGUCAAUGCCAACUUUUCGGCCUUGAAGUCAUCCUUAUUCCAGGGUGGCGUGCCAAAGGCCAAGACAAUGCGGACACAGUCGAUGCCCAUGGCGUCGCAGCACCGCCAGGCAUCCAGCAAAUCGGCAGCUCUUGACGUCCAGUCAGCGGAGCGUGACGUUGAGAGUCAAGAAGAUCCAGAUCACGGAAGUCAGAGCCCUGGAACGCGUGAAGAUGUAGUCCCUCAAUCUUCUCCCAUUGCUACGACGCAUUCCAUAGCCGAAGAUGCGACCGAUACGAUUAGCGACGAAAGGUGGCUAGCUGCUGGAGGUCAAGAAGUACAGACCGCAGCGGCACAAGGCAGUGAAGAUCUCCUGAUCCCGAACAGCCCAGCCAGCGGGGAGAGUGACUCGGGACCAAGGCCACGGCUAGACUUCAGCCGCUUUGCUUUUGCUGGGUAA